ACUUCCUCAGCCGGAGUGAACAGAUCGCCUUGUAUUUAUACCCAUCCAUUUUCAACCGAGUCUUAAAACCACCCCUCUCUCCCUAGUCCAUUCAAUCCUCAAGAAAUAAUGUCACCGCUCUCGUCCGUAUCUAACGCUCAGCAGUCCUUUGACAAAGCCAAGAAACAUCUAUGGGCUUCCGACUCACCGAAACAAGAAAUGAGCGGUCCCAAUAGACACUCCGAGCAGACUCGCUACUCGCUACCUGAGGUAGAACGGGGUUCCAGCGACCAUGACGAGUGCCAACUGAACUCACCUGGCGAUCCAUCCACUUCUCAGCGACAAUCGGAGCGAAGAGGGUGUAUACUGCCUUCGUCUUCACGAAGUAACCUGUACACCUUGCCACCUCUCUCUCGUGAAAGAACAUAUGACCGAGAUGUCCGUCCUUUACCUUCUCGAUUCACAAAGUUCAUGGACCACUUGCCGGCACACGAUGGGCAACUUAGGCACACUUGCACAGACUUGGAGACCUACCAUGACAGUCGACAACAACGACCCGUCUCCUUAUCGGUUUUCAACGCGCCAACGGCGACGUACGCUUGGGAACGCUAUGAACCUGAAUCUCAGAUACCAUAUCCACGCCCCCUUUAUGUCGAUUACAUUGGUCGAAGUUCCACGCGGUCGGCAUCGUCGAGCUCCAUCUCCAGCUUACGCGAUUCUCCUGGCAUGCCCUCCCCGGCACUAUCUGACCGCAGCAUCUCCACACCUACUUUACUCCCCCAAAAACGAAGAAGCUCAUCCCCAGCUGGACAUUACCAUGCAUCUUCCGUCACGAAGAUCAUGGAGCCGCUCAGACAUGUAAACAUUGAAGUUGACCAUAGCCAGCCUCCUGUUUCUUCCAGGCCUUACCAGCGAACGCUUACUCCUCCUGAAAUGAUCGGUAGCCCACCAUUGCACAGAUCUCAAUCUGAUCAUCAUUUCUCGGCAAAAUACAGCAUUCCAAGCGGCAGCGAUGAGCGCCACCGCCAACACGAGGACAGUCCAUGCGGUAGUGAUUCCAGUGAUCAAUCACACAUUACCCGCCCAAUAAUACCACCCAAGUCAGAUUCAGAGGAGUGGGAGAAGUACGCUUGUUUUACUCUGGACGGCACGACACGGAAAUGGUUGUGCACCUGGUCGACAGAGUCAGGAGGACAGUGCAAAUACAUGUCCAAGAAGCAAUUAGUCAAACGCCACGUUGAAACGACUCAUUUGCGUUAUAAACCAUUUGUAUGCGGUGUCUGCGGCAAAGGUUUUCCCCAGAAAACUUCCCUCGAUACUCACAUGCACGGACAUACUGGAUCCACGCCGCACGCAUGCCGGUAUAAUUGUGGGAUGUGGUUCAAGGAUCCAGCACGUAGACACAGACACAUGGUCGACGAGCACCAAUACGUUCCAAAGCAGUCUAAGAAGAAGCACACGAACGGACAACCCCAAGACACUUUGGACUUCGAAUCUGUGCAACGAUGGAAUGUUGCCAGUGCCCCUUAGUGCCUGGCCCCUUCGACGAGAAGACUAAUGUGUGUCAGCAUUAAUGUGAGCCGAUGUGACAUUGGCUGACAGAUAUCGCCGUGAUGUCGGCGUUCGAU